CACCGCCUUAGCCUCGAUUUUGCCGCCUUGUCAAUGCAACCAUCUAUGCAUCCAUCCAUCUAGAACCAUGAACCGAACAGUUUCCUUCUGUUGACCGAGAUCGUGCUCUUGUCUGUUGAUCUCUCCUAACUAUCCAUCGUGAUGUCAUCCUCACCGCAGGCUUUGACCAAACGCCAAAGCGAAACCAGUCUUAUAAUGCCCCCUCCCCCUCCGAAACGCAUCAAACGACCCGCCGCCGUCCUAGACGAAGACAUCUACACUAAUGCCUUGUCCAAUAUUAUUGCGCGAGAUUAUUUUCCGGGCCUUAUAGAGGUACAAGCGAAACAAGAAUACCUGGAAGCGCUCGACUCGAAGGACAAGAAAUGGAUUGCGACAUCUAAGAAGAAGCUUACCGAUCUGAUGCUGACUCCGGGGAGAGCUCGGAGCCAUCCUGGGUCGUCAAUGCCAAUUAUGAAACCCAAAAUUACAGGGGCAACACAUGCAGGCGAUACACCUACUGGCUGGGGUGGAGAUACACCAAAGUCCGUCACAUCCACGGCUUCAACAACGUCUCGAGAUUUAAAAGACAAAGCUCCAGAUGUUUCCAAUCUCGGGCUAUUAGAGUUUCAGGCAAAAUAUACCAGCGAGGAUAAUGAGUCCUUCAACAGCCUACUAGAUAAGCAGAACACGAAACGCCGAGAAAAGUAUGCCUGGAUUUGGAGCGGUAACAAAAUUCCUUCCGCGCGCCAAAUUGCCCAUCAUCGACUGGAAACCAAACGAAUUGAGAAUCAGGGGCUUAAACUGAACCAGAACGAACAACUGGCCGUUAAGACAGACCUUGAUGCUCGACCCGCCAAACCGGACUCAUGGAAGGCCAAGUCGGCGAAUUCUCUCAUGUUCAUGCCUUCAUCUAUUGAAGAUAACCUCGAGACGAUCCAGCAAAGAGCAGAAGCAUCCUCACGGGCAAAGCCAAAACGGGUGGUAUAUCAAAAUACGCGAUUACCGGAUGAGGGGCUUCAAGCUGUGCAAGACGGCGACGCACCCCCUCCCUCACCGUCGAUAUCCGCCAUCAGGGAUGCUAUUGCCGGAUGCCCACACCCCACCAAGUCGGAAGCGAACUACACUGGCGGAGAGACGCCACGAAUAAAUGGAUACGCCUUUGUGGAUGAAGAUGAACCAGAAUACCCUGUAGGAAGUAAGUCGAAAGACAGCCAUACAGACGGUUUGGAGGACCUUCGAUUGCUUGGUACAAGCGAUAAGUCUUCGAAUCCGUUUCGGAUCAGGGAGAAUCGAAGGCGAGAAGAUCUCCACCAUCGUAUGGUAGACCGCGUCGCGAGAAGUAAACGAGCAGAAAAAGCCGCGCAGGAGACCAAAUCGCCGGUCAAUAUGACACCACGGUUCGCUAGUAGUUCUGGACUAGAUUUUGGGUUCCGCACGCCUAGUACAGCAACAGCAGGAAGGGGAGGAUCGAGCAAGAUGUUGACCCCAGCAGCGCAAAGAUUAUUAUAUCAGAUGGGUGGCACUCCUCGACCGUCUUCAUCGAAUCUGAAGAACACAUGGACCCCGACUCCGAGAGCGAAAUAAAACAACCUUCCUGUUGGGAUGUAAUUACAGCAGAAAGUCCUUGAUUGGUAGUGUUUUGAGGUACCAUGAUGUUGCCAUUUUUUUGCAUUGGGAAGUGACAUUCUAUCUUAUAACGCUUAGGUAGUGAUAGCCCAAAGAGUUAGGCAUUGUCUGAUCUCUUUUGCACUUCCAUGUUCGAACUGUUCUUCGCACCCUUAAUCAGCCUCGAGAUACCAUGUCCAAUUGAAAAUAUUAUGAUAGUAAGCACGAAGAUCCGCAUAUGCUAGGGGUAUCUAUUUUUUACGAACUAAUAAUAUAUCGUGCAGAGAUGACUUUUGAGCACGCUACAGAGGUAUCAAUUAAGAAUGAGUCAACCAGGAGAUCAAAACGCCCAAUAUGAAAGCCAGACAGCCACGAGGGCAAAUAAGGCUGACCACAAAGGCUUUAUCUUAUCUCCGCCGCCCAUGAGGUACGGCGCGCCUACCCAACUGCAGG